AUGUCACUCUCUCAUGUCACCGGCUUGGGCCUCUACAGUUAUGCAACACUCUCCAAUGCCGGAUCCUAUGCUGGAUCCCAUUCAUCCGGCCACUCUCGAGAACCAUCGUCUUCGAGACGUCUAUCUCUACCUACGAGCUCUUACCCUACGUCUAUGCACUCGAGAGCCUUAAAUUCAACCGACUCACGAGCCGAUCCAUACCCAUACCCCCGUACCAGCGAGUCUUCCCACGCUACAAGAGCGACGUCUGUCAAUGCAGCAUCCGUCAAUGAGGAAGCUAUGCGCCGCAAUUCUCGAAAGAAGCACAACUACCGUGAGACUUCAGGGUCUUCGUCUGAACCACACCGUCAUCAUGGCUAUCACAGACACAGCCACCAUGCCUACCAUAGUCAUCAUCCAAGCCAACGCGAAGACAGGUACAACAGCGCAUCUACAAAGGCUCGCAGGCGUGUCAAACAUGUCCAAAGUUCAUCAGAUAUACCUCUGUCACCUCCGCCUGCUCGCAAAAAGAUCACCAAGGUUAUGGCUGUCAAGUCGACCAAGAAGGACAAGGACGGCAACAAAAACACGGACAACUUGACUUGGCGCCGAAUCAGUCAAGGGAUGAAGAUUGGCAAGUCUAAAAAGAACGAGCAGAACGAACAGACUGAGUAG